AUGAAACUAUUAUUUUUUCAUGAUCCAACAGUUCAAAAUCAAACAAUAUCAUGUUCUCUAAUUUGUUCACAAGAUGUCUUCGAUAUCGAAACAGUAGAAGAACUAUCAAAACAAUUUCUACAUCUUCUUUCACAAUUAUUUGUUAAACAUUCAUCAUCAACAAAAACAACAUCUUUUGAUUUAGUUAAUCAACCAAUAUCGAAAUUAUCUUUUUGUCUACAAAAUGAACCUAAAGAAAUACAACAAACAAUCUUUCAUCGAUUACCGAAUAUUAAGAAUGAAGGACCAGCUUCUUAUGCACAAUCUCGUAUUUGGUUUGAUGAACGAAUUCGAUUCGAUCGAGAUAAAUCACAAGUUGCAAUUAAUAAUAUGCCUUUUCUCUAUCGUCUUCAUUCACAACAUACAUUAUCAACUACACAACUUCAUCAUGCACUUUAA